CGCGGUGACGUCACGGCGGAGUUGCCAUGGCGUCGCUGAGCGGCCUGGCGUCGGCGCUGGAGUCGUACAGGGGUCGCGACCGCCUGAUCCGAACUCUGGGGUACUGCUGCCAGCUGGUCGGUGGGGUCCUGGUCGAAAAAUGUCCUGCCAGUUCCGAAUUGGGGACGCGCCUGCUGGCAGUGUCCACCCAGCUCAGCCACUGCAGGACCAUCCUUCGACUCUUUGAUGACCUGGCCAUGUUCGUCUACACUAAGCAAUACGGCCUGGGGGCAGAGGAGGAGGACGCCUUUGUGCGCUGGACUUCUGUGCUGGGCAACCUGGCCGACCAGCUCUACUACCCCUGUGAGCACGUGGCCUGGGCCGCCGAUGCCAACAUCCUCCACGUGGACUCCUUCCGGUGGUGGACACUGAGCACAACCUUCUGGGCCCUCUCCCUGCUCCUAGGGGUCGCCAGGUCCCUGUGGGUGAUGCUGAGGCUGCGACAGAGGCUGCGGAGCCCCGCAGUAGCCUUCACCAGCCAGCUGCCCCGUGGCAAACAGAGGGCGGUGUCAGCGCAGCUGCAGUUGGAGGCGCUGACGGUGCUUAGCAACCUGGCUGACCUGGCCAACGCCGUGCACUGGCUGCCCCGGGGUGUCCUGUGGGCCGGCCGCUUCCCGCCGUGGCUGGUGGGCCUCUUGGGCACCGUCUCCUCGCUGCUCAGCUUGUACCAGGCAGCCCAGGCUGAUGCUGCCACCCCCUGACCCCGACGGAGGGCCCCUUCCCACAGAGCAAGAGUCACCAGGGCAGGGGCCGGGACUCCCAGGGGCUGGUGUGAGACGCCCCCAGGGCCCAGCGUGGGCUCAGUGGGGGAGGCGUCUCUCUGCGCCACAGGGGAGGCCCCCGGGGCUCCUGAGACCAGCCCUGCUGUGGCAGAGUUUGCAGAGGCCGCCGAGGGCCUCAGCCGCGCCUGCCAUCCUGUCUGCCGCCGGCGUCUCGUGCCCAGACAGAGGCGAACGGGGAGAGACAGCGUCGUGCCUUGGGAAAGCUGAAACAAGAAUCGAUUAAAUAGCAUGGUGCUGAGCCGGGCUCAGGUGUGACAGAUUAUUACCCUGGUGGCUGCGGGCCCACCGCUGGCUCCCUCGCACCUGGGGACCGAGCUGCCUUCGGAAACGACCCUUCCCAGCCCGCCAUCCAAACACCCUCAGCCCGGGGAGGCCUCUUCGUCUCUGAGCAGGCGCCACCCGCUGCCCCCAAGCGGCCUUCAGCCAUCAAGGGCUGUUCUCCACUCCCCAGAGACCUGGACACACAGGCCAGAGGUGCCACCUGCUGCCAGGCCACUGUGAGCAUGUCAUUGGCUCCAAGCUGGGGCCGACGUCUCUGAAGACGCACUAGGCUCCCGCCUUGCCGAGAUGGGGUAGGAUGGGACACGCUUGGUUUUUAGUUUGACGGCUGGGAAUGACGUUUGAGAGGUCCUGCGUGUGUGGCCUGGCACAGGCGUAGGACAGAGCCCGGCCCAGGAAGACCCAACACAGCGGGCAGCGUGUAUGUCCUCGCAGCUCACGUGAUACCAACCGAGUUGUUUUUUCACAAGGAAGCCAUCAGGUGGCUGAGCAGCUGGGGGGCUGGGGCUGCUCGGGUGACACAGGUGCAGGAGGGACCCCGCCUGGUCUCAGGCCCAGUGCCCUGCCCUGGGCAUCUGCGGCGGCUCCUGCUGCCCAGGACUCAAGUGGGCUGGCCCGGGCAGCUGCCCCUCCUCUCCGGUGGGAGGUGGGUGCACGUCCAUCCUGGCCCUAGGUGGGUGCCUGCUUCCCAGCAACCAGGAGUCCUGGGGACGCCACCGGUUCAUCCCUGUAAGGCCGUAAGAGUGGUGCCCCCUUGUGGGGAAGCCACAUGGACAGCUGGGCGCAGGACCACAAGGAAGAAGAAAGCCAAGUUCAGAGGUGGAGCCCGGGCUGGGAAGACACUGACUGCAGUGGGGGCGGGGGUCCAGGCAUAGAGCAGGUGGGAAAUAUGCUUCUAGAAAGGGAGGCCCACCUUGCGCAGCCCUCUUGGGCUGGUCCAGAGGCUGUUUGUGAUGGUUCUGAACGUCUUACUGAAAUACUCAGGUGCCAUACAACUACCCAUGUAGGUCGUACAGUUCAGUGGUUUUUGGGAUAUUCGUAGAGUCACACAACCAUCACACUCAAUUUUAGAACAUUUCCAGCACCCCAGAAAGAAGCUGCAGCCAUUAGCUGUUACCUCCCAGCCCCCGUGCCCCCAGGCUUGGUAACCACUCAUCUUUCUGUCCGUGUAGCUUUGCCUGUUUUGUUUCAGUGGUUCUCAACCUUUCGGGGGCUGGGAACGGAUCCCUUUGUGGCUCCCUUAGGGACCAUGGGCUCUCUUUGCAGAACAUCCCAUUUCAGGGUUCCCCCAGGGCCUCUAGGGGCGUGCUGGGAAGACUGGGGACAUCCCAGGGGAAGGGUCAGUUGGGUAGAGGUCGGGGAACAGCUGGGCUGGGGGUAGGGUCCAGACCAGGGAUGGGGGCAGCCCCAGGCCCCCCGAGAAGCUGGUGUCCCUGCAGGCAGGGGCUCCCUUUCUGUGUCCGUGCCCUCACAGCCCCUGCCUGCCCCUCCUGGAUCCUGGCGUCUCCUGUGGCUGGCACUUAACCCAGGGGUAUGGGUCCAGAGGGCACCGUAAUGUGUGGAGGUAGGUGUGUGUGCCCCUGCCCCGUGACCAGGGUCCCUGCUUCCCUCUGCUACUCAAAGAGCCUCUGACCCUAACACAACUUGGACACCACUGUGUGCGUCUGGUCAGGUUAGAGGGUGAGGGGGACUUCAACAUCCACUCACUGUCAGAAGAAAGGAUAAGCAAACCACAGUCCAUCCACACAACUCCCACACGGAAGAAUCAAAACGACACUGCUGAGUGACCACCACCAGGCAGGGGAGCCACCUACCAAAUGAUACCACAUUCUAGAGCAAGCAGUGUCAAGCUAGAGUGACCAGAAACUGGCCAGCAGCUGCCCCCGGGAGUGAGGAGAAAAGCAGGAGGGGAAACCCUGUCAGGGGUCAGAAAAUGUCCCAGAUCUCGAUCGGGUGUGGGUUACCCGAGGGCAUCCAAGGUCUGCCUAUUCUGAUGGGAGCUGAUGACACAGCAGGUGUAAGGGAGCAAAGCCCUUCGUGGGGGGUGUAGCUUGAUGCCCUGGGGCAAGCGUGCAACAGGCCCUCCCCUCGCAGGCGUUGGCAGGCCUGGUGUGUAAAGGUGGUUCCUGCUUGUAUCUCGGCCCCCAGACCAAGCCAGCACUUUAUUUGAUGUCCAAAGAAACGGUGCUCCGCCCCCACACAGGGCCACUCUAUGUUGUGUGCGUUUUACCACAAUGGAAGAAAAAAAUGAAUUUCAACGAAUUUGGAGUUGUUUUUUUUUCUUUUUAAAUGUGGC